AUGCCGUAUGCGGGUCCAUCAGGAAUGGUGAUGACCGCCCAAGGAAAUGCCAUCCCGGAUGCCGGAGGUUCAGGACACCAAGUGACGCAGACGUUUAUCCCGGUGCCCCGGAGUCAUGGGGCGCUCGCACCCGGAGUGCACGCCGGUCGAAGACGUCCAGAAAGCGACGAACGGCCAGAGCGCCGAGCCCAGAUGAUCCGUCAGGGAAGUCUUGCCCGACCGACGACGAUGAUGCUCGCUGGAACUCGGAGAAAGAAGACAACCCUGAAGAGCUCAAGCGCAAGCAUCCCGAAGAGCGAGCCACUAAGCCGCGUUGAGCGUAUUGCUCCGCCGCCGAAGGAAGGUGACGCCCGGGGUGCCGAUGGCCCGCUGAAGCUGACACAGGAUAUGCUAACCCGAAUGGAUCUCCGUCAGGACCAGAUGAGUCUGAACGUUGAGCGCGCCUUCACAGCAAUCCAAUCGCUGGCUCAACGGGCUAUCGACCAGGAGGAGCGCCUCACCCGGAGUGUGGAGGCCCAGAAGAGUCCGAAACCGGAGUUCACUGCGUCGUCCCGCGAAGGGUCGAGAAGCACGUCGCCAGGUGUGCCACCCGAAGUGUCGUCGUCGCCUGCCGUACCAUCGCCGGAAGUGCUCAUGCGCCAGACAGAGGAGGCCGCGCGCGCCGAGCUCGAGCGCCGCUGA